GCAGCAAGCUGUCGCAUUGAUUUACUCGCUCGCCUGGGUCCGAGAUUCUUGUUCUGGUUCUGCUUUUGGCCUGUUUGUUGUGUUGCCAAUCUUUGUUGCAUCCAGCCGUCAGCCGUCGCGUUUUUUGGCCUUGUGUUCGUUCGAAUUGUGUGUGUUAAUUUAGUUUUUUAUUUUUUUUUUUGCUGCGCGCAUGUGAAUCCGUACAUACAUACGAGUAUAUAUAUUUUUUUUGUUAAACUUGAAAAACAACAACAAACCAUGUGUAUUAUUUAUAAUAACAACAACGAGUACUAAACAUAAAAUCAACUGAAGCGCGACAGCCACGGCAGAAGAGUUGGACAGUGGGACAGGCAGACAGACAGACAGAUAGACGGACAAACGGACUGAAAGACGAAUUGGCAAGAAAACUGACGCAGCGUGAAAGCAAGCGAGAUAGAAAAAACUAUGUAAAGUAAUAAUUACUGCAGCUCUUUAUGUAUGUAUGUAUGUAUAUUUAUAAGAUUUAAAUUAUAGUUCAAACUCAAAUCGAUACGCUGUGAAAAUACGCUGCAAGUUCGUAAACGCUUAUCACGCAACAGUAACAACAACUACAAUCACCAAAAAAAAGUAUUACAUACCGACACAAACACACACAUACAUACACACACACACACACUCAGUGACUUAGGCACACACGCAUUGUUGCGCCCACUUAAAACAAGAGCAAUAGAAAGAGACAAGAGAAUAAGGGGCAGCAAUACAAACAAACAAACAAACCAAACAACAACAGUGAUUGCAUUGCAAGAGACGAGACGCCCACUUUAAGCUCCAGCUUCAAGUUUAGCUCCCACAGCAUCAGGCAAAAAAUAAUGAGCUCACCGAUUGUAACGAGGCGCGGCGCACAACAGGCCAAAAUUCAAACUCGCGCUAUGGUCAAGUCAAAGUUGGCGCCAACGUCAUCAGCUUCAGCGACGUCGUCGUCGACGUCGACGUCAGCGUCAAUGGCUGCAACGGCAUCGAGCGCCAACAGCGGCAAUGCGGCAAGCGGAUUCCGCAAACCGAAUCCAGCGCUUUUGGAGGCAAAACGUCGUGCUCGCAACAUGCUCAAAUCGCAAACCAAUGGAGCAGCUGCCGUGCAGGAGAGUGUAACUGAUAUCUUUCAAAAUGCCGUCAAUGCGAAGAGCAUGCAACGCGGUCCCACAGCUCUGAUCUACGAUGAGUCCAUGAGCCAACACUGCUGCCUGUGGGAUGAUCAGCAUCAGGAGCGUCCCGAACGUUUUACCCGCACCUUAGAACGGUGCAAGGAGCUGAAUCUUAUUGAACGUUGCAUGUCGCUGCCAUCGCGCCUGGCAACAAAAGAUGAAAUCCUCAAGCUCCAUUCGGUGGCCCAUUACGAGUGCCUCGAGAGAACUUCGGGUGUGCAGGACGAGGAGGCUAUGGAGGAAUUGUGCUCCCAUUAUGACGCCAUCUAUAUACAUCCGUCCACAUUUAAGCUUUCAUUAUUGGCAAGCGGCUCGACCAUCGAGCUGGUGGAUCAUCUGCUGACAGGAAAGGCGCAGAAUGGAAUGGCCAUCAUUCGACCGCCGGGUCACCAUGCGAUGAAGGCUGAAUUCAAUGGCUAUUGUUAUUUCAAUAAUGUGGCACUGGCGGCACAGCAUGCACUAGAUGCACAUCAUCUGCAGCGCAUCCUGAUCAUUGACUAUGAUGUGCAUCAUGGCCAGGGUACGCAGCGUUUCUUCUAUAACGAUGAUAGGGUCUUGUAUUUCUCGAUACAUCGCUAUGAGCAUGGCAGCUUCUGGCCGAAUCUGCCGGAAUCGGAUUACCAUGCUAUCGGCGCUGGUUCUGGAACUGGCUACAACUUCAAUGUGCCCCUGAAUGCCAAGGGGAUGGGCAAUGGCGACUAUAUGGCCAUAUUCCAGCAGCUGCUGCUGCCUGUUGCCCUGGAAUAUCAGCCGGAGCUGAUAAUCGUUUCCGCCGGCUAUGAUGCAGCGCUUGGCUGUCCCGAGGGCGAAAUGGAGGUUACACCCGCCUGCUAUCCGCAUUUGCUCAAUCCGCUGCUACGUCUCGCCAACAGCCGUGUGGCUGUGGUGCUCGAGGGCGGCUAUUGUGUGGAGUCGCUGUCCGAGGGCGCCGCCUUAACGCUGCGUGCCCUGCUCGGCGAUCCCUGUCCGCCGUUGGUGGAGCCUCUGCCGUUGCCCAGCGCGGAACUUCGAGACGCGCUGCUCAACUGCAUCUUUGUGCAUCGUCCCUACUGGCGAUGCCUGCAGCUGCAACAGACCUAUGCGGCCAGUGAGCUGCUGGAGGAGCAGCAGCAGCAGCAGCCGACGGACUCCCAGCAGCUGCAUCGCGUGAAACGCUUGUGGUUGGGCGGACCGUUGCCAGAAGGACCGCAGCGUUAUCCAACGCGUGGCACCUCGGCCCAGCUGAGUCCGGAUGUUGUGGCACGCAAUGCGGCACGCUUGCAAAUGCUGCGGGCAGAGACACAACUGUCGGUGCCGGCGGCACGGGUUUGUUACGCCUACGAUCCCCAAAUGCUGCAGCACUUCAAUCUGCACGACACCUCACAUCCGGAGCAGCCAAUGCGCAUACAUCAGAUCCAUCAGAUGCAUCAUGACUAUCAGCUGCUUGAACGCAUGCAUCCGCUGACUGCACGUGCCGCCACCACGGAUGAGGUGUGCCUGGCACAUACGCGUGCGCACCUCAAUUCAGUACGCCGCCUGCAGGGACGCAACGAGGAGGAGCUCCAGCAACUGGGAGCCGGCUACAACUCGGUGUACCUGCAUCCGCGCACCUUCGAGUGCGCCACACUCGCCUCGGGUGCCGUCCUCCAGGCGGUCGACAGCAUCCUACGCGGCGAAUCGCGCAGCGGCAUUUGUAAUGUGCGACCGCCGGGUCACCAUGCCGAGGCGGAUCAACCCCAUGGCUUCUGCAUAUUCAACAAUGUGGCCAUUGCUGCUCAGUAUGCGAUACGCGAAUAUAAUCUAGAGCGCAUCCUCAUCGUCGACUGGGAUGUCCAUCAUGGCAAUGGCACUCAGCACAUCUUCGAGUCCAAUCCCAAGGUUCUCUACAUCAGCGUGCAUCGCUACGAGCACGGCGCCUUCUUUCCCAAGGGACCCGACGGCAACUAUGAUGUUGUGGGCAAGAACGCUGGACGCGGAUUCAAUGUUAACAUACCCUGGAACAAGAAGGGCAUGGGUGAUGUGGAGUAUGCAUUGGCCUUCCAGCAGCUCAUCAUGCCGAUAGCAUAUGAGUUUAAUCCGCAACUGGUGCUGGUAUCGGCAGGCUUCGAUGCGGCAAUUGGUGAUCCAUUGGGUGGCUGCAAGGUGACGCCGGAGGGAUACGGUCUCUUCACGCAUUGGCUGUCGGCACUGGCCGGUGGACGGGUGCUGGUGUGCCUCGAGGGUGGCUACAAUGUCAACUCCAUAUCGUAUGCGAUGACCAUGUGCACCAAAACGCUGCUUGGCGAUCCAAUGCCAACUCCGCAGUUUGGCAUCGCAAGUUCGCAACGUCCGCCAACAGUGGCCUUUCAGAGCUGCAUCGAGACGCUGCAGCAGUGCGUGGAGGUGCAGCGUCAUCACUGGAAAUCGCUGGUGUUCGGCUGCAAGUUGCCGCAGUCGGCGCUGGGCGAGAAUAACAACGAGGAUUUUCUUGCUGCUACAUUGCAGCAGUUGAACAUCUCAAAUGACGAUGCUCAAGGCGCCGCUGGCGGAGCCAUCGACGAUCAGCCCGACUGUGGCCAGGAGCGGCCCAGCGGUAGCAAGCCCAAAGUCAAGGUAAAAACGCUCACCGAGUUUAUGGCGGAGCAUAAGGAGGCACUCGAGCAGCAGGAAAUGUUUGCAAUCUAUCCGCUCAAGAGCUGUCCACACUUGAGACAAUUGCGCCCGGAGGAGGCGCCACAAUCAAUAAAGACGAGCAGUUCAUGCGGCGUUUGUGCCUCGACGGUGGAAAAUUGGUUGUGUCUGACCUGUGAGGCAAUCGGCUGUGGUCGUUAUAUUAACGAGCAUAUGGAGGAGCAUUGUCGGCGGGAGAAGCAUCCGCUGGUGUUGAGCUUUAGCGAUCUGUCCGUGUGGUGCUACGAGUGUAGCGCCUAUAUUGAUCAUCCCCUGCUUUAUGUCUACCAGAAUCUGGCGCAUUUGGAUAAAUUUCAUGAGCCGAUGGCCUGGACACACAGCUGCACAAAGCGGACAGAUGGAUGCUAUUCAACUGACGCGGAUCCCCAGGAUAAGGACAAUGACAACUGCAAUGGCAAUGACAGUGCCUUCUAUAUCCAAUUGGAGCGCAAUAACUGACCCUUGGUGUUGCGUGUACUCAAUGCCCUAACGCAUUAUAUGUGCACGCUGUGCCCUCCGCUCCGACACAUACUGCAGUUCCUCGUGGAGUACAUGUGGCCGCUGCUGGAACGCAUUUACCUUAAGCUGAUCCAUUAUUUUCUGGCCAACUGACGACGUACUCCAUGUACCCAAAAACCAAAAUACACACCGCUGAAGCUAAAGCGUUGGCAUACAAUUCAUUGUUGACUAGGGAGCAAUAGGGUGCACACCUGUAGAUCGGGCAAUGCCAACAGUCACAGUCACAGUCACACCAACAUUUAUACUCGCCUUUGCCCCUUCUUAAGUAAAUAAUAUAUAAUGAUUGUUAAAAUACAAAAUGUUAUCAAUAAAAUAAAUUGACUAUA